GUUGUGUCAUAUUUACGCGACGUGCUUGAAUGGGCGCUAGUAGUAACGCGAAAAGGAUUUCUGUUGCAAAGGUUUAUUGUUAGGUUGAUCAGUGUAUCGUCAGCGGCAUAAAGAUGGGUCCAGUUGAGCUCCUGCACAUGUCCGUGUUCUCGCAGAGUUUCUCUCCCUGCGGUCGUUAUCUUGCAGCGGGUAAUAACUAUGGAGAGAUUGCAGUGUUCAGCUUAUCGGCUGCACUGAGUCCAGAUACAUCAAAGGGGAGUCAGAAGCCCAUCCUUAACUUCACUGCACAUGAUGGUCCAGUGUUUUCCCUUCUCUCCACGGACACUCAUCUCUUAAGCGCUGGGAAUGGAGAAAUAAGUGCCUGGAGUUGGACUGAGCUCAUUAAAAAAAAUACCAAAGCUGCCUGGACAAGAAAACCCAGUUAUGAGACGAGUCUUGAAAUUCCAGAGAUUAAUGCAACCAUCAUUAAUCCAAAGGACAACAGUUUAAUAGUUGGGGGUGGUGACAAUAAUAUUCACGUCAUGGACAUGGAGACUGGAAUCUUUAAGUCAGUAUUAAAGGGUCACACUGACUACAUCCACUGCCUAUGCUUUCGAGAGAGGGAAGGAGAAAUUCUCUCUGGAGGAGAAGAUGGCGCUGUCAGGAUAUGGGAUGCUCGUACAAAUCGGCCAGUUCACUGUAUUGAAGUUUUUAAAUAUGAGGAAUGUGCACGCCCACAGUUUGGGAAGUGGAUCAGCUGUCUUGCUACAGACUCCGAUUGGAUGCUAUGUGGUGGAGGGCCUUCUCUUUCUUUAUGGCACCUCCGUUCUAUGUCUCCUACCUCAGUCUUCCCAUUGCCUGGCUGUCAAAGAGAAGCUGUAUUUUACCAGGAUCUGAUCUUUGCAGUAGGUGAGGGGCCAAAUGUAUCUCACUGCUUACAUGGGGGGACCGUCAAAGCUCAGAUUCCCUGCACUCCCUCUUCGCUCAACACACUGGCUCUCAAUCUCAAAAACACUGAACACAGGGUUAUGACUGUAGGGGGCAGCAGUAACCAAAUUGACGUUUUCACCAACUUCAGUUACAGAGCAUUUUCUCUGUCAUUCUGAGCUGCAGUUCUUCAAAUUCUCCACAAAAUGUUUCCGAUCCUGAAUUUAAUGGAAAGUGCCAAUCCCGUAAUUUUUACAAAAACGCAAUAAAACUGUGUAUUUUUAUAAUAAACAAUUUUGAUGUUUA